UGUCUCUAACCCCUGAUUGGUCCUCUCUCAGCUCGUGAGAUGCACAAAGCCCCCUCCUUCGUGGAGAAGCUCCAGAACACCGUGGUGAGCGAGGGUCACCCGGUGAGGAUGGAGUGCCGAGUCAGCGGGGUGCCGGCCCCCCAGAUCUUCUGGAAGAGGGAGAACGAGUCCAUCACCCACAACACGGACAGAAUCAGCAUGCACCAGGAUAACUGCGGCUACCUGUGUAUGAUCAUCCAGCCGGCGAUGAAGGAGGACGCCGGCUGGUUCACCGUCUCCGCCAAGAACGAGGCGGGAAUCAUAUCGAGCACCGCACGCCUCGACGUGAACAGUGAGACACACACUAUUCAUCAUUUGUUGAUUUGUUGA